CAAUAAUAGUGUAGCAGUUUGCACAGAUUCUGCGAUGAAUAAAUACGACUUGCAUCUAUACAAAAUGAAGUGAACACGUUUGCAUCUGAAGUUACACAAUGCAAGGUACGAAUUUCAAAAUAUUCAACGUUAUUUCUUACCUUCUCAUCAUGUCUGCACCAUUUGCUUUAAUCGCUGGAGACGGGAAGCAGCAUCGUUUCAUCACAGAAAUAACCAGCAAAAGCGUUCCCAAUGUAUCUGCAAGUGCAAAAGCCCUGCCUCACAAACUCCUAGUUGGACGUUGCGAGCCGAAAAAUACCUUCUUGCUGCAUGCUGAGACCAUUGUUUUAAACAACGACAACAACAGUAACGUAAUGAGUACAAUAAAGACAUUAAUUGACGGUCCUGUGGAAAUUAAAUGCUUAACAGUAGUGGAUAAUCCACAGGAAGGAAAGAAUGGUGGUUAUCUUUUUUAUGUAAAUGGAGGUCCUGGACACAAUCAUGUCACAUUCGGCAUAUGGACUAGCGACGGUUUUAACAUAUCUGUUAAUAUAUUCGGUCAGGAAUUAACAGAAAAACAAAAUGAAAAAGGACGCAUUGAAAAUUAACUUAACGAUCGACAUCAACCAUCAGUUUCAAAGAUGUUUUAAUCCUUACGUAAACUUUACUAUUUUAAGUGGUAAUAAAAUAUAUAACAAUUGUAUAGCAAAUCAUUCGUUAUUAUUUUGGUUUUCUACUGUAAUUAUAUUCAAAUUUAUGAACUACUA